AACCGAGAUCGAAACAUCGAAGGUGCUGCGUGGUAGUAUUCGUUCUCCUCAUCUGACACGAUCGCAUGUGCCAUGAUCUUUCCUGAUAGUCGUGAUAUGAUGUGACGCCUCUUAUCGCGAUUUUUCCACAUUCUGAUGGUACUUGUCGACUGCGGUUAUGAGAAUUGCGGCGAACGAGCGAGGAGACCAACGACGAUCGUGUCAGUUGUAUGCCAAUGUCUUCGUCGAUAACCAUGGGAGUCCAUCACCGGCAUUAUUACUGUACAUACCUGUAUAUAUCGUGAAUCUUUUUUAUCUUCACGUAACACGUACCUGACUAAUUAAUACGCUAAACGCCGUUAUCGCGCAUAAUGCACGAUGCCUAGUCUGCGGAAGAAAGCGAACAGAAAGGCUGCCGAAGCGAAAAGGACUGACAAUCUGGUGGGAGAUGUGACUGUUGAUGAUUUUGCUAAUACCUUACAAAUUCACGCAAGGCUAAAAAAGGCAGCCACAAAUGUCUCCAGUAAAGUUAAACAGGGAGCAACGAUGAAAGAAGAGAAAACUACAUGGCAUGAAGAAAGUUUGUUACAAGAUAACAUGAAAAAAGACAGUGAUAAAGUAGCACCUCUUACUAGUAUAAGAAAAGGCAGAAGAAAAUUUAAAUUAUUCAAUCAGGAGGAUACUAAAGAAGAAGAAGGCAUUGAUUGGCCGUUGGACAUAUGGUUUGUAAUUUCCGAGUACAUACCGCCUGAAACUGUAGGAAAAUUCGCGAGGAUCUGCAAAAGUUCUCAUUAUGUGACCACCACUGCAAAAUUCUGGUUUCAUUUGUACAAAACGUAUCACAAACAUGUAUCAGACUUACCCGAUCGCUUGCAGCCAGAAUGUAUGAUGCGUCAACAUGGAUUAAGAGCUUGCGUUAUCAGAGCAUUACAUUAUACUUAUUUUACUUCAUUAUUGCGAUGUGAAAUAGACGAUGUAAGUUGUUUAAGACAAGAAGAACCACAUUCUCUCGAGAGAAGGAAAUGUACUCAUAUGUGGCAUAAAAACGGAAAAAUUCGAUGGUAUUUCUUUUUCAAGUUAAAGCAAAUUUCUAAAGCUCGUAAUAGUAUGUUAAUGAAGAGAAAAACAUGUGACAUUGAAGAGACUGAAUUGAUCGAAAUGUUGGAAAAUGUGGCUGUUAAUCCUGAGGAUGGCUGUAAAGUGCUUCGAGUAACUUGCUCAAAAUAUUGCUUGUUACCGCCAGUAAUCGGACUUAUCUUGCAAACAGUAUCUAUGAGCUUAAUGCCCGGUUAUAGAAAAUACCGGCUUCUACUUAAAUUCGGAACAUCCGUUAUCCCUAGUACGCUAACGGAUGAAGUAACACUCAGCGAUGUUACUGGUUACCGUAUCUUAGAUUGGUGGGAUCCUUGUUAUCCUCAUAAUGAUGCAACUUACACGGUCGAUUUACGGCAAAAUGACUCUGAUUUCUAAGUGGUUCUUAUUAAAACUUACUAUACAAACAUUCUGUAUUUUGCGUAUUUUGUGUAUGAAAAUAGAGAAAUCUAUUAAAUUUUAUAAAACAAAAUUA